AUGAUAAAUUAGAAAAUAACUAUUAAAAUGAAAUGUAAUCCUAUAUACAUUAAAUAUUUAGACAAGAACUUAACUCUGUCAUCUAAUAAUUAUAAGAAACUAUAUAAAAUUAAUAAUCUAAAUUCUAAAAAGAGAUUGAUAAUCUCAAAUUAAUGCAUAAUCAAGAACUCUAUAUUCUCAAAAAAAGAAAAUGACACAAUUUAUUAUACUAUAUAUAAAUUAUAUUUAAUUUAAAAAAGAUAUUAAAUGGUAUUUAAUAUAAACUUAUCUCUAGCCUAAAGCUCCUAAAACUAGCAAAACUAAGAAAUUAUAAAAAAAAGUAGCUGAUAGAAAAAAGAAUCCACUAUUUGUUAAAGAAGCCAAGAACUUUAGAAUUGGAAAUGAUGUUCAACCAAAAAGAGAUUUAUCUAGAUAUGUCAGAUGGCCAAGAUAUAUUUUACUUCAUAGAUAAAAAAAGAUUUUAUUACAAAGAAUUAAAGUACCUGCUGCAAUUCAUUAAUUCAGCAAAACACUAGAUAAGAAUCAAUGUAAUUUUUAUCUUACUAUUAUUUAGCAUCCAAAGUUUUGGCUUUAUUGAAGAAAUAUUCACCAGAAACUAAAACUGAAAAAAAAUAAAGAUUAACCAAAUUAGCUGAAUAAAAGGUGCAAGCAUAAAAAUAAGAAUCUAAAAAAGUUUAAGUCCUUAAAUUUGGAUUAAAUCAUGUCACUACACUUAUUGAAACUAAAAAAGCAAAACUUGUAGUAAUUGCUUAUGAUGUUGAUCCAAUUGAAUUAGUCGUUUGGUUACCAUAAUUAUGUAGAAGAUAAGAAGUUCCAUUCUGUUUUAUCAAAAGUAAUACAUUUUCAUAAAUCAAUAGAUAAGGCAAGAUUAGGAACUUUGGUUCAUUAAAAAACAGCUACUUGUGUUGCCUUAACCGAAGUUAGAAAAGAAGAUUAAGCCGAAUUUGAUAAUUUAGUAACAUUCUUUUAUAUAGUAAGGCAAGAGAUUUAAGAUAACAUUAUAAUGAAAAUCAUGAAUUAUUGAGAACUAUUGGAGGAGGAUAAGUUGGAAUUAAGUCAAGACAUUAAUAAGAAGCAUUAAAGAAGGCAUUAGAGUUGGAAGAAUUGAAAAAGACAUCUUAAUGAACAUGUU